GUUCUCUUCCUCUUUUUCAACCAACUAUUUCGCAUAGCGUGCAACAAAAAAGAUCAUCAAAUUGCAAAAUCAAAAUGGUUGGAACAACUUUAAGCGUCGAGGAGAAGAAACAAAUCAUUACACGCAACCUGCAGGAGACAUUGGGCGAGGAUCGGCUGACCAAAGUGCUGCAGGAGCGCGACUUGAAAAUCUACUGGGGUACGGCAACGACAGGAAAGCCGCAUGUCGCCUACUUUGUGCCCAUGUCCAAGAUUGCGGACUUUCUCAAGGCGGGAUGUGAGGUGACCAUACUGUUUGCCGAUCUGCAUGCCUAUCUGGACAACAUGAAGGCGCCCUGGACGCUGCUGGAGCUGCGCGCACAGUAUUACGAGCAGGUGAUCAAGGCAAUGUUGACAUCCAUUGGCGUCCCACUGGAAAAGCUGAAGUUUGUCAAGGGCAGCGACUAUCAGUUGUCCAAGGAGUACACUUUGGAUGUGUACAAGCUCAGCUCACUGGUCACCAUACAUGAUGCUAAAAAGGCGGGCGCUGAGGUUGUUAAGCAGGUGGAAUAUCCGCUGCUUUCGGGUCUGUUGUAUCCGGGAUUGCAAGGCUUGGACGAGGAGUACUUGAAGGUGGAUGCCCAGUUCGGUGGCGUUGAUCAACGCAAGAUCUUUACCUUUGCCGAGAAGUAUUUGCCACAGCUGGGCUACGAGAAGCGCAUACAUUUCAUGAACCCCAUGGUGCCCGGUUUGGCUGGUGGCAAGAUGUCCUCCUCCGAAGAUGAUUCCAAAAUCGAUCUGCUCGAUUCGCCUGCCAAUGUCAAGAAGAAGUUGAAGAAGGCGUUCUGUGAACCUGGAAAUAUAGCUGAUAAUGGUUUGCUCUCCUUUGUAAAGCAUGUGCUCUACUCGUUGUUCAAGGAAGGCGAAGGAUUUGAGAUCCAUCGAGCUGCUGAUAAUGGUGGCGAUGUUACCUUCCUCAAGUACGAGGAACUGGAGCAAUACUAUGCGGACAACAAGCUGCAUCCGGGUGAUCUAAAGGCGUCUGUGGAGAAAUACAUCAACCGCUUGCUGGAGCCCAUUCGCAAGGCUUUCGAAACACCAGAACUACAAAAGCUGACUGCCACCGCCUAUCCACCACCAGCCAAGGUUAAGGCAAAUGCAGCACCUGCUGCUGCAGCUGGAGGGGAUGAGGAUGCACCACAUCGUCUGGACAUACGUGUGGGCAAGGUCAUUGAAGUGGCACGUCAUCCGGAUGCCGAUACUCUGUAUGUUCUCAAGAUUGAUCUGGCGGAGGCGCAACCACGCACUAUCAUCAGUGGUCUGGUGAAGUUUGUUACGGUGGAGGAGCUGGAUCAGCGUCUGGUGGCUGUGCUCUGCAAUCUGAAGCCCUCCAAGAUGCGUGGCAUUCUGUCUGAGGGCAUGGUCUUGUGCACAUCCAACGCUGAUCACACCGUUGUGGAGCCAAUUGUGGUGCCGGCCAAGGCUGCCGCAGGCAGUCGACUUGCCUUUGAGGGCUACAGUGGCACGCCCGAUGAACAGCUGAAUCCCAAGAAGAAAGUGUGGGAAAAACUAUCUGUUGAUUUCAAAACUAAUGGCGAUGGCGUUGCCGUUUGGAAGGACAACUUCCUAUUGACAGCGGAGGGAGAGCAGCUGACCAGCAAAUUGGCUAAUUGCGCCAUUAAGUAAACCACUGUCCAGCAUACCUGAGCGCUUGUAAUACUUAUACAUGACUAAACUAUCAGCAAUUCACACAAAUAUGAUCGAAAUGCAUUUUUAUAACUUUGCUUUUUAUUGUAUUGUAAAUAUAGAUAAAAAGUUACAAAUA